GCCAAUGAGCUGAUCGCACCUGCAGCCACUCACAGCUUUUUAGGAGCAAUUAGGAGCUUCCAUUCACUGACUGCUGGGGCAGACAGGAGCCGGGAUCCACGGCAGUGUGCUGCAGGAGGCAUUCACACGAGUUUAAACGGGUUUAGUCGAACACUGUUAUGCAGCUGAAAAAUAACAACCCGAUGGAAAAACACAUGGACCUGGCCUCGCUGUUCUGCAUGAUCGGGCGCCACGGACCCGCCGUGGCCGUGGCUGUGAUUGCCAUGGUGUCGGUAGUGGCAGGGUUCAUUAUCUACCGGACCGUGAAGGGGAAGCGGAGAAAGGCCGAGGCUGGACCCGGAGCCGGAGACGUGAGCGGCGGCAGCGGGAGCAGCAGCAGCCAGGGAGCGACGAGAGACGCGGUGCAACCGGAGAAGGAGCCGAGUCCAGAGCGGGAGGCACGCAGCCGUGUGGAGUCAACAGAUGUGAUUGAGGAGGUUUCAAAUGCGAGGGAUGGAGCUGUAAUUCGAAGUCGGCAUAAACUGAAGAAUCGUCGUGCCACCGCUGAAGAAAGUCCUCAGUCUUCUAGUCCGCCAAUCGUAGUGGAACCAGAGAAACUCCAGAAUGCCUCGCGUGUGGAGGACACUUCCGGUGUUACUCAAACAGAUGUGGAGGAGACCAUUAAGAGCCUUCAAGAUGACAUUUGUGAAGUGAGGAAUUUGAAUGUGGAAGAUGAAGGGUACAAACAUAACCUUGUUGAAAUGCCAAAUGAUGCAGAGGGAAAUCAUAGUGACUCCUUGGAGCCUGUAAUGGUUUGUGAGAGUCUUGCAAAUGAAGAAAAGGUACAAAAAUCCCAGAAAGAGGAGGUGACUGUGGAAGAUGUGUCAACUGAAAUUCCCUGUAAGGAUGAAGAAAGUCUGUGUGCUUUAAAAAGUCCAAUCUGCCAUGAAGAAAAUGCUUCAUUGAGUUUAAAUGUAAACUAUAAACUAAAUCAGGCCACCUCAGAUUCAAUCAAGGCUGGGGGUUAUGUUGAAGAGCCUUCCGUACACAUGGAUGAGUCCCUCUCUACCAAAACUGAAGAUGAGAUUUCAGUACUUGAAAUCUCUAGCUUAAAUAAACCACACCCUGCCAGUGAGGACUCUCAAAAUGUGGCACUGCAGAAGCACAUCAAUAACCAAUAUAUGACUAUCAAAAGUCCAGCCUUUGAUUGUGCAGCUUCUGAACAGAGUCCAAAUAGUGACGUGACUGAAAACAAUCUUGUAGACUUGUCAGCUUACUGUGCUGUGCUACUGUCUAGCAAAGAACUGAAACAUGAACAAGAUUCUUCUACCUGCAGUAAGAAUGUUGAGGAUGUUGAGAUGGCUUCAUUUAGUGAACCACAGGAAACUGCUGUUGUGUUCAGUCCUGUCCUAUCAUGUUUGUCAGUUGAGCCAGAAAUUAUUAAUCACGAAUAUGAAGCCCUGCCACUAGUUGGUCUACAGCCAGAAGACAAAGUUAAAGAUGUUACUUCUGAAUUUUCUAAAGCAACAAUUGAUACCCUCUGUGGUCUUGCAUAUCCUCACGGUGAAGUUGAUGAAACUAUAACUGAUAUCCUGGUUUCUAAAGAAAAUGUGGAAAUUCUGUCUUCACCUGAUGCAGUUGUUAGUGAUGUCAGUUCUGCUGCAUCUGUGUCAAAAGAAAUGUCUUGUCCAGAUGAUUCUUCCUUCCAAGAUCAAGAAGGUGAACAAAUGCAAAAUGCAGAUCUUCUUGAGGUCUGUAAUGAUCCUGCCCCAGUCAUGGCUGAGACUGUGGAACCUCUUCCUGAUGAAGUCCAACCGUUUUAUGAAAAUCCAUGCAAUUUAAUUUGGUGCUCUUCUGAUGUUGGAGUAGAGAGCGGGAUUUCGAGCAUGGCCGUCAGUCCUGAUUUGCCUGAUGUUGAGAAUCCCUUAAUCUCUGAAAUCUUGUUGCCAGUGACAUUGGGUGUUCCUCUACAGUCAGAGGACCAGGCUGAACUUCAAACUGCAAUGGCUGAGUCAUAUGCUGUCAUCAAAGAACCAUCAGAUGCAAUACCUGAAUCUUCAAAUGAUUCACAACCCCACAUCAAGAACACUGAUGAAGCCAAUGAUGACUCUUGUACAGUCAGUGAGACGUGGAUUGAGAUUGAAAGUUUCAACACAACAGUUGGGAAACUUGCAAUAGAAGCAACCACUGAUUUCUGCUUGAAUAAAGACCUGGGAAAUAUGGGCACAAAGAUUGUCAUUGAAGGUAAGCGUGAGAUAGAAGGCAAGGAAGAGGACAAAACUACAGAAAUUAAUAUCAUGGAGGCAACUAUGGACAACAAUGAGUGGAUCACAGAUGGUACUGAUCAAGUCCUUCCUUGGAUAAAGCCUUCCAGUCCACAAAUCAAUCCAGUGUCUAUAGAAAAAUCUCAAGCUUCCUCUUCUGUAAAUGCUGCUUGCACAUAUGCAGAUGUUCCACCUGUCAAUGAGUGUGAAGAAGACAACACAGUUCCCCUUUCUGAUGAAGCCACAGAAACUAGCAAGAGGGUGCUGGCAGUUCAGCCUAUGCCCCAAAAUGUCAGUGUGACCUUCCAGAUCCACUAUCUCACGCACUCUCCAUACCAGAAGGUGGCUAUCACAGGAAACCAUUUUGAUUUGGGGAACUGGAAGGAUUUUGUUCCCCUAGAAAAGGUGAAAGAUGGGUUUUGGGCUACUGUGGUCAACCUUCCUGCAGAGAGUCAUGUGGAGUGGAAGUUUGUAAUAGUGGAGAGGGGAGAAGUGUGCCGCUGGGAGGAGUGUGGCAAUCGCUUCUUGGAUACAGGCAACAGAGAGACCCUCCUUGUGCACAAAUGCUGGGGUUUCUUGUAAAAGGUGUUAAGGCGAACACUGAGGCUAGAAGGGUCAAUGAGCGUAUGGACUGGACCAGGUAAAUGACUCAUUUACUCAUUGAUUUUUAACUUCUAUCAAGCAUUGAUUUUUGAGUAACAUUUCCUGAUAACUGGGCCAGAUCUGGUUGAAAGAAUUAUCUGGCUUGCUUGUAAACAUUAUUUCAAAGGUUAAGUUGGUGUAUUUUAGGGCUCAAUCAAUUACACUCACAAUAGUUUUUAAAACUUUCAACAUUUAUUUGAGUUGUCUUAGACUACACUUGUUCUACCAAUAGGGAUGAUUUUAUAGAUGUAUGAUCAAAUUUCCAUAAUCUUGACUCUAUAUACACUUUUUCUUGAGUUGUAUUUUUAUAAUGGUACAUUUUGGGUUUUUCUAUUGUACAUUUCAACCAGACUUGGCCCAUCAGUGUUGGAAGGAAUAUCUCUACACGCCCUACCAAUGGGAUGUCUUAGAAUUCUGUACAUUGCGAUUGGAGGGUUCUGUUUGAACUGGUAACAUGUACUACAAAGUCACUGCUGUGGCAAUAUCUACAAUUAUGCAAAUGGUUCUUUUUAAAAAAGUGUCUUGCAAGUGUUUAGCUUCAGUCUGUGUUCUACAUGCUGCUUCAAUACUUACUGUGAGAAAUGCACAUAGUUCACUUUUAUUACAGCAAUAAUCAAAGCAAUAAUUGUUCUAUAUGCUGUGACAAGUGUUAAAUCAGGUACAAUGUGUUUACCACUGAACUGUGGAGGUGCAACUACUGCUUUUAUUUAAUGGGAUCUUGUGCAUGUACAUGUAUCCCCCUGUUCUGUAGGUGUGCCUUUAAAAAGAAAAAUUGUCAUUACAACUUUAUUGAAUUGCUGUUAAUAUUUUUCCUUGUCUUAGAAUAUGUUGAAUGUAAUUAAACUUAAAUAAACUAAUCUUUUCAAAUGUG